CUGGCCGAGGGCGCCGGCUGCCCGAGUGGACAUGGCGGACGGCCCCACUGGGGCGGUACUGGCCCUCCUGGGGGUGUUCAGUGUCUAUGCAGCCAGCGGCUCUAGGCCCGUCGUGGAGAAGGAAACCGGCGGGGAGGCGGAACCAUGGGAUGGCGCGGUUUUCCGGCCGCCGUCGGCGCUGGGCGCGGUGGGGAUGACGCGCAGCCCCAGGACCCAGCGGCCAGGGAGGGAGGAGGCAGGGGAUUUGCCAGUGCUGCUGUGGUGGAGCCCAGGGCUGUUCCCUCACUUCCCGGGAGACUCGGAGCGCAUCGAGUGUGCGCGCGGGGCGUGCGUGGCGUCCCGGAACCGCCGAGCGCUGAGGGACUCGCGGACGCGCGCGCUGCUCUUCUACGGCACCGACUUCCGCGCGUCUGACGCGCCGCUGCCGCGCCUGGCACAUCAGAGCUGGGCGCUCCUGCACGAGGAGUCGCCCCUUAACAACUUCUUGUUGAGCCACGGCCCGGGCAUCCGCCUCUUCAAUCUUACCUCCACUUUCAGUCGCCACUCGGACUACCCGCUGUCGCUGCAGUGGCUGCCCGGGACCGCCUAUCUGCGCCGCCCGGUGCCUCCGCUCCAAGAACGCGCGGAGUGGCGCCGCCGCGGCUACGCGCCGCUGCUCUAUUUGCAGUCUCACUGCGACGUGCCCGCGGACCGGGACCGCUACGUGCGCGAGCUCAUGCGCCACAUCCCGGUAGACUCCUACGGGAAAUGCCUGCAGAAUCGGGAACUGCCCACUGCGCGGCUACAGGACACAGCCACGGCUACCACUGAGGAUCCAGAGCUCUUGGCCUUCUUGUCCCGCUAUAAGUUCCACUUGGCCCUGGAAAAUGCUAUCUGUAACGACUACAUGACAGAAAAACUGUGGCGUCCCAUGCAUCUGGGCGCUGUGCCCGUGUACCGGGGCUCUCCCUCUGUGAGAGACUGGAUGCCGAACAAUCACUCCAUCAUCCUGAUUGAUGAUUUUGAGUCUCCUCAGAAGCUGGCAGAGUUUAUUGACUUCCUGGACAAGAAUGAUGAGGAAUAUAUGAAAUACCUGGCAUACAAGCAACCUGGGGGCAUCACCAACCAAUUCCUUCUGGAUAGUCUGAAGCAACGGGAGUGGGGAUUGAAUGAUCCUUUGCUGCCUAACUACCUCAACGGCUUCGAGUGUUUCGUCUGUGACCACGAACUGGCUCGGCUAGAUGCCGAGAAAGCCCACGCGGCCUCUCCCGGCGACAGUCCUAUCCCUGAGCCCCACAUUGCCCAACCCUCACACAUGGACUGCCCAAUGCCCACACCUGGCUUUGGCAAUGUGGAAGAGAUUCCUGAGAAUGACAGUUGGAAAGAGAUGUGGCUGCAAGAUUACUGGCAAGGUCUGGACCAGGGAGAAGCUCUCACUGCCAUGAUCCACAACAAUGAAACACAGCAGAGGAAAUUUUGGGAUUACCUACAUGAAGUCUUCAUGAAAAGGCAACAUCUCUAAGUGCCCUUGCAAGAGCCUUUAACUUGGUGGAUUGAUUUUAUUCUACAAUAGGACAUAAGGAGCAUCCACCUCACAAACCCUUAAUGGACACUGUCUUUUCAUGGAUUCAAGGAAUUCUACUUUUAUCUAUUAAAAUUUUAUCUUAAUGAUGAGUAGCCAAGGUCUAACAUGGGGCUUCUCCUCAAGGAGAGAUGAAGACAUACAAUUCUUGGUUCACUGGGAAACAGAAGCUUAAAACAUCCAUUUGAUUCAAGGUGCUGGUCCAACAGUUGUUUUGUUUUGUUUUGUUUUCAGAUGGAGUCUCGUUCUAUCCCCAGGGGCUGGAGUGCAGUGGUGUGAUCUUGGGUCAGUGCACCCUCUGCCUCCCGGGUUCAAGCAAUUCUCCUGUUUCAGCUUCCUGAGUAGUUUGGGAUUACAGGCGUGCUUCAUCACACCUGGCUAAUUUUUGUAUUUUUAUUAGAGACCGGGCUUUCACAAUGUUGGUCAGGCUGUUCUUGAGCUCCUGACCUCGUGAUCCGCCUGCCUCCGCCUCCCAAAAUGCUGGGAUUACAGGCGUAAGCCACCACACCUGGCCCCAACAAAGGUUUUAAAGGACUCACUUCUCUGUUUCAUCCUUUCAAUUGUCUAUGACUACCAGUGAAGUAAGAUGGGUCAGGUUAUGACUUAUAACUUCUGUUCUGUUCCCCAAAAUCCUCAUUAUUAAGUACUUUUCCCAGUAAUCUUUUUUCCUCGUCUCUUGCUUUAUAAAUUGUUAUGUUGGUGGAGAAGCAGAACUUCUGGUGGAUAGUAUUCUGGUUUUCUGGGGUUGCAUUUUUUUAUAUUAUGUACUUUGCUUUCAUGUCAAACUUUUAUUUUACUUUAUUUUUUCACAUUUUUUUAUAGAGAUGAGAUUUUGCCAUGUUGCCCAGGUUGGUCUCCAACUCCUGGACCAAGCAAUCAAUCCACCUUGGCCUCCCAGAGUGCUGGGUUUACAGGCAUCAGCCACCUCACCCAGCCCUAAUUUUUUUUUAAAUGGCUUUUUCUGGCCAGGUGUAGUGGCUUAUGCCUGUAAUCCCAGCACUUGGAGAGGCCAAGGAGGGACGACUGCUUGAAGCCAGGAGUUUGAGACCAUCCUGGGCAACAUAGCAAGACCCUGUCUCUACAAAACAUGAAAGAAUUAGCAGGACAUGGUUGUGCACACCUGUAGCCUUAGCUACUUGGGAGGUUGAGGCAGGAGGAUUACUUGAGCCCAGGAAUUUAAGGCUGCAGUGAGCUAUGAUCAUACCACUGCACUCCAGCCUCAGUGACAGAGCAAGACAGUCUCAAAAUAAAUAUAUAUUUUUUAAUGGACUUAUCUUUCCUGGUUUAAGGCCCUUUCCCACAAUUUCUGAAAUACAGGAACCUUGCCAUUAUUCUUACUGCUGGUUUGCAUCCUAUUUAUGAUAUAUCUGGAAUUCCUUCUCAUGAACAGAAAGAUUCAGUGGCUAUUAUAUGCCUUGUCAAUUUAAUGUAUUGCCCUGUCCCCUUUUUUGACCAAAGAUGGAGACUAAGACCGGGAAUUAUGGCUGAAAAAGUCAUAUUUUUCUUUAAGUGACUUUGAAAUGUUAAAAUAGGCUACUAUGAGUCAAAGUGCAAAGUUUUCAGUGAGUAGGUUGACCAAAAAAAAAAAAAAAAAUCCAGGAAGAAAACCAGUUUUUGUGGGUCCUAAUUCUUUUCUGUUUGCCUAAUGAACUAUUCCCUCUAUUUUAUUGUUUAUGCUACAAAGUCCCGUCUUCUGCAGUUACAGAAACAUGUAGCAGUAUGUUUUAGUGAUUAUCUCAUAAUCUGUAGCACUUUUCACUUUAAGUACAAGAAUAGUCCAGAUUCAUUCACAGUGCAUAAAGCAGUGCAUACAGUACAUAAAGUGUAUUACUGAUGCACUUCCAUAUGACUUUUUUUUUUGAGACAGUCUUGCUGUUGCCCAUGCUGGCAGGCUGGAGUGCAGUGGUGCAAUCUCGGCUUACGGCAACCUCUGCCUUCCGGGUUCAAGCGAUUCUCCUACCUCAGCCUCCUGAGUAGCUGUGCCUGGCUAAUUUUUUGUAAUUUUAGUAGAGACAGGGGUUCACCAUGUUAGCCAGGAUGGUCUCGAUCUCCUGACCUCAUGAUCCACUUGCUUUGGCCUCCCAAAGUGUUGAGAUUAAAGGCAUGAGCCACCAUGCCCAACCCUUUUUUAUUUUGUGAGACGGGGUUUCACUCUUGUCACCCAGGCUGGAGUGCAAUGGCGUGAUCUUGGCUCACUGUGACCUCUGCCUCCCAGGUUCAAGCAAUUCUGCCUCAGCCUCCCGAGUAGCUGGGAUUGCAGGCACCUGCCACCAUGCCUAGCUAAUUUUUAUAUUUUAAGUAGAGAUUUCACCAUGUUGGCCAGGCUGGUCUCAAACUCCUGACCUCAGGUGAUCCACCUGCCUUGGUCUCCCAGAGUGCUGGGAUUAUAGGCAUGAGCCACUGCGCCUGGCCCCUGCCCCCCUCCCCUUUUUUGAAUCAGAGCCUCACUCUGUCACCCAUGCUGGAGUGCAAUGGUGCAAUCUGGGCUCACUGCAGCCUCUGCCGCCACAGUUCAAGCGAUUCUCAUGUUUCAGCCCCCAGAGUGGCUUUACAGGUGCAUGCCACCAAGGCCUGGCUAAUUUUUUUUUUUUUUUUUUGAGACGGAGUUUCACUCUUGUUACCCAGGCUCUGCAGUGCAAUAGUGCGAUCUCGUCUCACCGCAAGCACCACCAUGCCCAGCUAAUUUUUUGUAUUUUUAGUAGAGACGGGGUUUCACCACGUUGACCAGGAUGGUCUCGAUCUCCUGACCUUGUGAUCCACCCGCCUCGGCAUCGACCUGGCUAAUUAUUAUUAUUAUUAUUAUUAUUUUUUUUUAAGUAGAGACGGGGUUUUGCCAUAUUGGCCAGGCUGGUCUCAAACUCCUGAUCUAAAGUGCUGGGAUUACAGGUGUGAGCCACUCCGCGCCCGGCAUCGACCUGGCUAAUUAUUAUUAUUAUUAUUAUUUUUUUUUUUUAAGUAGAGACGGGGUUUUGCCAUAUUGGCCAGGCUGGUCUCAAACUCCUGAUCUAAAGUGAUCCACUCACCUCGGUCUCCGAAAAUGCUAGGAUUACAGGUGUGAGCCACAGUGCCUAGCCUGAGAUUACCUUUUUUUUUUUUCAGAAAGUGAUUUAUUUAGGCAGAGAAAGAAAAAAGAAGGGGAAACAGCUAGCUCUCACACUGAAUGAGGAGAAAGAAAAGCCAAUUUCACACUGAGUGAAAAGGGUUCCCAGAGGGGGAAAAUUAGGGAAGGAAAGCUCCUCUCACACUGAUUGAGAGAAUUCAGAAGGAUGUAAUCCAGGAGAGAGAAAGCAGCUUCGAUGAAGGUAGUAGAAGGGCAGCCUGAGACUGCUUUUUGAUGGUGCCCACUCAAGGGAAUGAGGAGGCAAGGCAAGAGAUUUAAGCCACAGGUGUCUGGCUAAAUCAAAAGCUUAGUCAGAUUUGGGGGGAUGCAUUGAAACCCUUGUAUUGCUGUGGUUUGAACAUACAGUCUAAUGAGCAGGGAGACGAUUAGUUCUUUCUGGGGCAGUAGAACAGGAAAGAACACCUUGGAGACCUUACAGUUACUCUAGUUGUAAGGUAUUAAUGAGUUAUCACAAGAGAAGUUCCACAGCUUAUCAAUAUAUAUCUAUACCUACAUCUACAUAUCUAUCUAUAUAGAUAUUACAUUAGAUGCCUCAACAACUAGGGUCCACACUUAAUAUACUGACAUCUAAGGAUGUAGCCAAGAAAAGUUGUAAUUAGUCUGAAUUUCAUUACCAAAGUUGUUCUUUUUUCAUUUAAUCCUUUUUUUUCUUUUAUCACCAAAGGCACUAGACUGGAUCAUUUAAUCUUUCAAUAAAAGAUGAUCUUCAUAAAUUAUGGAAAGUUUGCUUAUCCUGUUUGACUUUUUGCAGAAAAGAACAAGAGGGAAGACAGACCUUCAGGCUAGGUGCAGUGAUUCAUGCCUGCAAUCCCAGCAUUUUGGGAGGCCAAGGUGGGAGGAUCACUUGAGCCCAGGGAUUAAAGACCAGCUUGGGCAACAUGGCAAAACCGCAUCUCUACAAAAAAAACAAAAAUUAGCUAGGCAUGGUGUGUGUGCCUGUAGAUCCAGGUAAUUGGAAGGCUGAAGUGGGAGGAUUGCCACUGCACUGCAGCCUGGGUGACAGAGUGAGACCCUGUCUCAAACAAAACAAAACAAAAUGCCUUCAAAAAUAUAUCUUCAGAAGGCUGAGGCAGGAAGAUUCCUUGAGCCUGAGAGUUUGAGGCUGUAGUAUGCUGAGUGUGCCUGUGAGUAGCCAUUGGGCAAUGUAGUGAGAUGCCUGUCUCAAAAAAAAAAUGUUAAAAUUUGAUAUAGGAAGCACUGACAAGUCAAAUGCAGAACUGAUUUCUAAGCUUGCAAUCUAUCUAAAUGCAGAUGCUGAUUUACAGUGCAUAAUAUGUAUUAUACAAGUACAGACUUAGGACUUAAAUUUCAUUUUGUGCAAUAAAAAGGUUAAGUGAUGGUUAAGCAAGGUGUGGAAUUAUCCUUACCUCUCCUGUCUAAUCACACAAGCUUACACUGGCAUUCCUUUGGCACUUUCACAUAUAAAGUGGCAGGUGUUUUUGAAUAACUGUUGCUGGAGACUCAGGCCUGCUUUGUGCUUGGUGCUUCCCAGACUUUCUCCUUUAUCCCUAUCACCAUAUAAGUACUCACAAAAGAGCAGUGUAAACCAGGUGUUACAUUUCCACAAAAGAAAGAACCAGGAAUAGCCACAUGAUACUUAUUAACUGAAAGCUUCACUUUCCCUAUGGAGAAAGCAAGCAACAUGAAUUUUCUGAUUUGGGGUAUACUCACUGCAGGUUGGUGUUAUUGGUAUUAGAAGUGUCUGAUAGGAAUCUGUUUGAGAGUGGAGGUGGAGUACAAGGCUGAUUCCUUCAUUACUGCAAGUAUUGUUACUUUCUAUUAUCUCAGGUUUCGUUUUGUAUAAUAAACUGCUUCUUGUUAAA